AGAUCAUCCACUCUGCACUCCGACAGCCCAGCGGCGCACACAGCAGCAGCCUCCAUCCACGUUUUUCCAGAAAACACAACUGAAAAGGUGUCAUAACACGGACCAAGUUUUUGAGGGAUCAUGGAUGAGCGAUGGCCGCAGGAUGAAAUGGGCAGAUUACCGCACAUGGCACUCGUUCACCGCAUGGGAUCAAGGCGAGGAAGCAGCAAUUCCAAUAUAAUGACACCUGAGAUCUGGUCGGAUCAGCCAGGCAUCUCCACAGCCUACUACAACCUCUGUGUUACUACACCUUGUGAUGAGAACGGCUGCGUUUACCAGGACCGUUCUCUGUACAUUACCAGCAAUGACCAAUCAUCAGUAGUCGCUGAAUCACCGGGCUCCUUGAAGGAACAGGCUGGUGAGGAACAAAGGUCCAACUUCAUACCUCAAGAUUUUCACAGGAUACCGGAGGUGGAAAUGAGAGGUUCUGAAGAUGUUUCAACAGGAACCGUUCUUCAGCGAUUGAUCCAAGAGCAGCUGAGAUAUGGCAACCCCAACGAGAAUAUGAACUUUCUGGCUAUAAAACAAGCCACAGGAAGUGCAGGACCAACUAAUAUCACCGCAAAUUCUGUUUCAUCGACUGAAAACCUCACCCAAGAAGACCCACAAAUGGUCGGACACUCAGCGAGGCAAGAACCACAGGGGCAAGAACAUCAGGUGGACAACACCGUGAUGGAGAAAACCCUGAGGACAGCUCAACCCCAACAAAAUAAUGAGGAGCUGCCCAGCUACGAGGAAGCCAAAGCUCAGUCCCAGUUUUUUAGAGCUCAGCCACCUGGACCUAUGGGCCCGGGUUUUUAUGUUGCUGGCAUUGUGGCCAAUCAUAAAUCCAAAACUGAAGGAAGGCCGACCGUCAGUCGGGCCAACAGUGGACAAGCGCACCAAGACGAGGCACUUAAAGAACUCAAGCAGGGUCAUGUUCGCUCUAUGAGCGAGAGGAUAAUGUUAUCUCUUGAGAGGAAUGGAGUUAAGCAGCACUCUUCUGGCAGCAUUAAAGGACUUAAAAAUGGGGCUCCAUCUCCGACUCCAAGUUUGGGGAAAGGAGGGGAACAAAGAGGACCCCCACCGGACUAUCCCCACAAGGUCAAACAAGCUCCAACUCCUGUGAAUAAAAUUCAUGAACAAGGACACUUCUACAAUGAUCAACAGCACCUGAUGGUACAUGAAAUGAUGAAACCCUACCCCACCUCACACCCCACCCGAACUGAGGUGUCUGUCCUCCGGUACCAGCCUCCUCCAGAAUAUGGUGUAUCCAGCCGUCAGCAGUCUCAGAUCCCGUUCGCCUCUGUCCCACUGCAGCCACACAGUCCCAUGUCAUCUCAAGUGUCCUCCGUCAGCAGCUCCUUGCACUCAGCCUCCCUCCCAAUGUUUCCAAUGACUAUGGCUUCCCACCCCACCCCAUCCCCAUCUCCAUCUCCAGGCCAGUCGCUUCCCCCCGAAGCCUUUGCCAUUGUGGAACGGGCUCACUAUAUGGUGGAGAUGUUAACCAAGGAGAACAGCACCUUGAGGCAACACCUAGAAAGCUGCUACGAGAAAGCCGACAAACUCCAGAAGUUUGAAGCUGAAAUCCAGAAGAUCUCGGAAGCGUAUGAGAGCCUGGUGAAGUCUUCCUCAAAGAGGGAAGCGUUAGAUAAAGCCAUGAAAAACAAGCUGGAAGCUGAAAUCCGGAGGCUGCACGACUUCAACCUGGAUCUGAGAGAUCGGCUGGAAACGGCCAACAGGCAGCUGGCCAGCAGAGAGUAUAAUGGACACGAGGACGCAUCGGAAGAGGGGCCCUAUGCCUUGAAAAACAAAGAACACUUGAAGGAGAUGGAGGGGCUGCAUCGGGAACUGGCAGCUUUGCGCACUACCAACGAAGAGCAGAGGAGGCACAUUGAAAUCCUAGACCAAGCUUUGAAUAAUGCCCAAGCCAAAGUUGUCAAACUGGAAGAAGAGCUCCGGAAGAAGCAGGUCUAUGUUGAGGAGGUGGAGAAGCUGCAGCAGGCCCUGACCCAGCUUCAGGCAGCGGGAGAGAAGAGAGAGCAGCUGGAGCGGCGGCUGCGUACGCGGCUGGAGAGAGAGCUGGAGUGUCUGAGGAUGCAGCAGAGACAUGCGAACAAUCCGCCAUCUAACAGUUCAGAUUAUAGUGCUCCUGCGCUAAUGGACUUGCUGAGGAAGAAGGAAGAGACCAUCUUGGCUCUGGAAGCAGAUACCACCAAAUGGGAGCAGAAAUACCUAGAAGAAAGCGCAAAGAGACAUUUUACCAUGGACGCCGCCACUACUGCCAUCUCCCAGUCAGAUUCGACAAUCAUGAGUCAUUCAAGGAAUGGAAGCCACACUGAUAACACACUAGAUGUACGGAUGUGGCAUGAAGAGGAGGAGAUUGUGCAAGCCAACAGAAAAUUCCAGGACAUGGAACACACGAUAAAGAAUCUUCAUGCCAAAAUCAUAGAGCAAGAUGCCAUGAUAAAAGUUCUCCAUCAACGUUCUCGAAAAGACCAGGGCAAAAACGACAGCUCCAGCUUACGCCCUGCUCGCUCUGUGCCAUCUAUAGCAGCUGUGGCGGCUGUAACCUCUGGAUCCCACUCACGACAAACUUCUCUGACGACUAGUCAGGCUGCAGAGGAGAAGAAGGAGGAAAGGAAUCAUAAAGGAAGUAUAGGACUUCUUCAAAGUAAAGAUGGCAAGGACAAUCGUAAAAGCCCUUCACCUUCUUUAGCACUUCCACCACCUUCAUUCAUGCUGCCACCGCCACCUCCUUCCACCACCAUGACUGUUUCACAUGCCAAAACUGGGAGUAAAGACAACAGCACCCAGACAGACAAGAGCUCAGACCUCUUCUGGCCAAACUGCUCUUCAUUACCAGGUCGGGGACGGAUAAAUAUGACCCCAUCCAGUAGUCCACUUCUACGUCACCCCAACACCAGCAAGGAGAAGUCAGAACAUUCCCCUGUCCUUGGCAAGACUCUAGAACCUAAACAUAGAUCUAGCACUCCAAACUACAAGACAGAUCUUUCAGAGCCUGACAGCUCGAUGGAGGUGCUCAUUUGAAGGCUUGUUAGGACUCGGAACUGCUUCCAAUGGCUUCUUAACCACAUGGACUUAUAAUAUUUUUUAGAUAUAUUUUGGACAACUGAGAAAAAAAUCCAUACCUAGGACCUCUCUGGGUUAUUUUUCCUGCAGAUUGUUAAUACCUUUGGAUACUGUAAGAUUUUCUUGAUAUGUUGGAGACUCUUUGACUGAGUAUGGAACGACUCUCCCACCAUAUAGAUAAUUGCAUGGUAUUUUACACUCUUCCCCAAUAAUACCAUGAGGAACCAAGAGGAACAUUUCAAGUUUCCAAUGAGCAACCUUGGUCAUAAGUCUUAAAGUUCGUGGCUACGAUGCAAUAUCUCCAUGUGUCUUGUGGUAGGUCACAUUAUUUAUAAUAUGCACAUAUUGUACUUUUUUAAAAUUCCUAAUUUAUAUUGUAUACGAAGAUGCGAUAAGAACAUAAAAGGCAAAAACAUAGUGCACAACCUGAUUCACAAGAAGACAGCACAAUAAAACAGCCCAGUCCAAAUGUUGUAUACAGAUUCUGGUAUCCAGAGACGUGGUUCUUCUUUCAUCAUGACAUUAUCAAUGGGAAGGUAAUAAUUGGGCGGGUUUACAUGUAUGCCAUCAAAAUUGACUUCAGGUCAUUAAAAACCUUAAAGGCUAUGUCUGCCUUCGGGCACUAGGUUACAGUUCACAUAGAAUUAAACUACAUAUAAAGUUGAGUAACUUUGUAAAUGCAUUACAUCACCAUUUUUGUACUGAUUCCGUCAGCUGUAUUAUACUCCAGAGCUGCAUUUAAAAUUCUGCAAGCUUGAGACUUGAAAAUCUUGCAGCAUUCUUUGCUGGAUCAAUGUCUGUCCAGUGCUUGCACUAUACAGACAGCUGAUUGUCCCUAUACCAGGGAUCAGCAACCUCUGGCACUCCAGAUGUUCUGAAACUACAACUCCCAGAAUCCUCCUUUUACUUCUACGGGAGUUACAAGAACAACCAAAAUGUGCAAGCUGGGAGUUGUAGUUUCACAGCAGCUGGAGUGCCGAAGGUUGCUAAUCCUUGCCCUGUACGUUACAAGAGCUCAGCUUGAAUGCUUCUGACAACAAGCUUGUAGCCUGUGUCAACCAGCAGAAUUUUCGGUGCAACUCCGGAGUUUAAUACAGACUUUAUCUCAGGACAAUGUAAUGUAUGUACAUAGUGACAUCACCAGCAGAAUAGUGAGUGCAGCUCUGGAAUAUAAUACAGGAUAUAACUCAGGAUCAGUACAGGAUAAGUAAUGC